AACAUCAUUAGGUAAGCACUAAGCAGCCAGGCCCAUACUGUUGCGUGUUGCCCCGUUACGUCAGGACUCAGGAGCAUUAGGUCUUAUUAGCAGUAGACGGUUAAUUAACAAAGUGAGACUAUUUUGCCUGUGAGAAUGACAGCCGUUGGACGUUUUGCGAUCCGCACAUUGUCUGCGAUGAGGUUGUGUGAAGCAAGAUUGCCAUUGCAAAGUUAUCGUGCCCUGUAUGAUGGACCUAAUGACAGUGGGGAUAUGCACCCUGCACCUUCACACAUAAAAGAACCAAUUAUUCCACCUUAUGAAGAGAAAGUUGGGGAACCAGUUCACUUGAAAAAAGCAAGACUUCAGUACCAGUCAAGAAAGAGAGGAAUGUUGGAAAAUGGUUUGCUUCUUAGCUCUUUUGCUCAUCGAUUUCUGUCAACCAUGUCUGAAGAACAGCUGUCUAUGUAUGAUCGGUUGAUUAACCUUCCUUCGAAUGACUGGGAGAUAUAUUACUGGGCAACUGGUGUUCGUGAGACUCCACAGGAAUUUGAUAAUGAAGUGAUGACCAUGCUCAAAGACUUUGUGAAGAAUAGUGAGCGAGAGAACAGAACUGUUCAGCCAAACCUACAUUAGGGAAGCAAGUACUUGGAUUGUUGGUUUAGUUGCCUUGUGUGUAGUCUUAAACAUAUCUGCUAAGGAUUUUAUAUCAAAAUUGCAGACCUUUAUAUUUUACUUUUCAGUAUGUGAAAAUUAUUAAACCAAUAUUUAUGUAAAUAUGUACUAUAUGACUAUUCUGUAUAGAUGUUAAUAAAUUAUAUAAAUA